UUUGCUCUCAAGUGAAAAACGUGCAAGAAUGAUGCGCUUUAGAAAAAGUAUACUUUGAUAUCUGCAAACUCGGAAUACCGGUGCCAGUCGGUGUAUUCGUAUUCAUUUAAGUUUAGUUGAAUAAACGGCCCCGAUGUGUGUUAACGUUAACGUCUACAGUUUCGUGUGUGCGCCUUUGACCAACUAAAAAUGUCCAAGAAUUUUAGCGCACAAUUCUUCAGGGAUUUAUAAUUGUCAACGUCCAUACCAGCCCCUACCGUCUCCAGUACCAGAAUCCAUAACCUAAAAAAGCACGUGCAGUUCGUUUGGCCAAACCAAGAGAAACAGAGAGAGUGAGAGAGCGUGCAGCGAAUCGAGAGCGCCUGCACCGUGCAAGGAUAACAUAUUUUUUGGACGAAACUGAAAACAGCUGUUGCGCUUAAACGAUGGCAGCAACAGCCGACCAGCUUAUGGCGCCAGCACCAGUGUUGAGUGUUGCGACGACAUUGCAGCCGACAAGAACAAACUCGAGUUUUACUUCAGCUCCAGCUACAAAUUCAAAUGAGAUGGAUACCACUGAAAAUCAAGUGGAGAACAGCAAAUCGGGCUCGCCAAAACCAAAUGCGCUGCCCAGUCUAAAGCUAAACAAAUUGGGUGCAAGCACCGCAAAGGAGAAGCGUGUCUAUAAAAUUGUGCUAACUGGCGGUCCCUGUGGUGGCAAGACUACUGGACAGAGUCGGCUGUGCACCUUUUUUGAGAAUCUGGGCUGGAAGGUAUUCCGCGUGCCUGAAACGGCCACUGUACUACUCAGCGGUGGCGUCAAGUUCUCUGAUCUGACCGAAAAAGAGGACCCACCCACGCCAACAACGUUCGUUUACAAAGAUCUGCCAUUUGCCGCACCGGAGCACAGUCUCAUCGAUUUGACCGCAUCCUGUCCACGUUGCCUGGCCAAGGCUGCCUCCAAGCCCAAUGGCGACGAAGCUUAUAAGUUUCAGGAGAAUCUGAUACGCACAAUGGUGCAAAUUGAGAACACGUACUUUGAGCUCGGCAACUCGAGCACACGCAACUGUCUGAUCAUCUGCGAUCGUGGCGUGAUGGAUGCCAGCGCCUACAUCAGCAAGGACAAGUGGGAGAAAAUGAUGGCGGGCAAUAAAUGGAAUCCUGUAGAGAUGCGUGACAAUCGCUAUAACCAAAUCUUGCACUUGGUCUCAGCUGCCAAUGGCGCCGAGGAUUUCUACUCGACAGAGGAUCACGCCUGUCGCUCUGAGGGCGUCGAUCUGGCGCGUGAGCUGGACUACAAAUCGGCUGCUGCUUGGGUAGGACAUCCCUACUUUGAUGUCAUUGACAACUCGACCAACUUUGAGACUAAAAUGAAUCGCAUGAUCGAGUCCGUGUGCCAAAAGCUGGGCAUUGACACUGGCGAUCGCUUGCAGGCGACAUCACGCAAGCUUAAAUAUCUGGUUGCCUUGCUGCCCGCCGACGGCGAGUUUCCGCCCUUCCAGGACUUUGAUGUGGUGCAUCACUAUCUGCAAUCGGCUGGACCCAGAGUGCAGGCACGUCUGCGCAAGCGUGGCCAGAAGAAUCACUGGAGCUACAUACACACACAACGCCGUCCCAAUGUGCAUGGCCAGGCACGCAUCGAGGUGAAGACACAGCUGACGCAUCGCGAUUAUAUGAACCUGCUGGCACAGCGUGAUGAUGCGCACUUUACCAUCUACAAGAAGCGUCGCUGCUUCCUGAUCAACAAUCAAUAUUUCCAGCUGGACAUCUACAGGGAGCCAGGUCAUCCACGCUGCAAGGGUCUGGUGCUGCUGGAAACCUACUCUUCGCUCACUGGCGAAGCGCUGAAGAACUGCAUGCCCAAGUUCUUGAACAUUGUGAAGGAGGUCACUGGCGAUCCAGAUUACUCGAUGUUUAAUCUGUCGCUCAAGGAGGACUGGAGUACUACAAAAAAGUACUUCCGUCCAACGAAGCAGGGUAAGCCGCAAGCAACGCUGCAGACGCAAGCUUCAGCGCCAUUGAUGCAAUAUCAUCCGUAUGAUGAGAACAGCGACUAAAUAUAUAGCGCGCGGGGCAUGUGGCAACCACUAUAUCAUCUAUCUAUUGAUCAUCGUUAUCAUCAGCGCUUGCGCCAUCAAUGCCAAAGCCAAAGAUUGUGUGUAGUCCCCCCCACAUUCGUUAAUCGCUUCUACUACUCGCUGCUGUACAUAAAACAUUUUACGCUUUCAACUACGAUUUUUACUGCAUGACAAUAUCUCUUCAAGCGUUUCACUUUUUUAUUUACGUGUUUU